AAAAUAAUUUUAGAUUUUUUAAUAAGCAUGAUGAUGUGUUUGAUUUAUGUAAGAGUAUGCAUUUCUAUUCGUCGCGUGAUUAUUUAACUGGAAAGCAUAAUUGUUUCGAGUAUAACCCAGAAGCUAUACAAGAAUGUUUGAAUUUUUUGACGCCAGAGACGAUAAACAUCAUGAAUUUCGGCAAUGAUUUAGAUUUAGAUACGGACGCGCCAUGUUUCAAAGCUUAUUAUUCAAUUACCGCAUUACCAAAAGAGCGGAUCGAAUAUUGGAAAUUCAUCGAGCCAUUGCCUGAUUUUAAUUUAUCAUUAUUCAAUGCGUUCCUUAUCGACAGUAUUUCCUUAAUAUCAGUAUCAGCAGAAACUUCGAAAUAUCCUGUAAAAGUAUACCAUGAUGAGAUUUUGAAGAUUUGGUAUCGCCCGAAUUUUUAUUGUCCAAUGUGUCAUAUAAACCUUCAUAUUGUUUGUUCUGUUAAAAUUGAAACACCAAAAGA